AUGAGAGAACAAGAUCCGUUGUUUGACAAAAGUCGUGUUCCUUGUAAUUUCUCUAAAGGAGAUUUAGAAUGGUCACGUAUAGGGAAAGAGCGUCUCAAGGGAGAAUGGAAGAAGCUUAAACCCAUACGUUAUGGUCCAUUCAGAAUAGUGAAGCAAUUUGGAGAUAAUGCUUUUCAGUUGGAUCUACCACCUUAUAUGCAGAUGUAUUUUGUUAUUAAUGCAGAGUAUCUGAAGCUUUUUGAACCUCCUUUACUUAAUGAGGAGGAAGAUCAAGAAUUGAAAGAAUAUUGUGUUAUUGAAACAAAAGUGACACCUACCAGAAGAGGAGACCGUGUAAUGUUUCGUGUUGGACGUGCAGGGCAAAUGCCAAGUAAAGCAAGAUGGUUCAACAAGGAACAAGGGGAGACUGAGUUUCCCCACCAUUCAGCUUAG